GCCUGCGGAACUUGAGGCCAUGUCCCAUGAAAAGAGUUUCUUGGUGUCUGGGGACAACUACCCUCCCCCCAACCCCGGGUUUCCCGUGGGGCCCCAGCCUCCUAUGCACCCCUACCCGCCCUAUCCUGGCACUCCCUACCCUCAGCCCCCUUUCCAGCCCUCCCCCUACGGUCAGCCAGGGUAUCCUCACGGGCCCAGCCCCUACCCCCAGGGGGGCUACCCUCAGGGUCCUUACCCCCAGGGGGGCUACCCACAGGGCCCCUACCCCCAGGGGGGCUACCCACAGGGGCCGUACCCCCAGAGCCCCUUUCCCCCCAACCCUUAUGGACAGCCACAGCCCUUCCCGGGCCAGGACCCUGACUCACCACAGCACGGCAACUAUCAGGAGGAGGGACCCCCAUCCUACUAUGACAACCAGGACUUCCCUGCCACCAACUGGGACGACAAGAGCAUCCGGCAGGCCUUCAUCCGCAAGGUGUUCCUGGUGCUGACCCUGCAGCUGACGGUCACCCUGUCCACCGUGGCCGUGUUCACGUUUGUCAAGGAGGUGAAGGGCUUUGUCCGAGACAAUGUGUGGACCUACUACGUCUCCUACGCUGUCUUCUUCAUCUCCCUCAUCGUCCUCAGCUGCUGUGGGGACUUCCGGCGAAAGCACCCCUGGAACCUCGUGGCACUGUCCAUUCUGACCGUCAGCCUGUCCUACAUGGUGGGGAUGAUCGCCAGCUUCUACAACACCGAGGCCGUCAUCAUGGCAGUGGGCAUCACCACGGCGGUGUGCUUCACGGUGGUCAUCUUCUCCAUGCAGACGCGCUAUGACUUCACCUCGUGCAUGGGUGUGCUCCUGGUGAGCAUCGUGGUGCUCUUCAUCUUCGCCAUCCUCUGCAUCUUCAUCCGGAACCGCAUCCUGGAGAUCGUGUACGCCUCGCUGGGCGCCUUGCUCUUCACCUGUUUCCUGGCCGUGGACACCCAGCUGCUGCUGGGGAACAAGCAGCUGUCCCUGAGCCCGGAAGAGUACGUGUUCGCGGCUCUGAACCUGUACACGGACAUCAUCAACAUCUUCCUGUACAUCCUGACCAUCAUCAGCCGGGCCAAGGAGUAGCACCGGCCCGAGGUGGGCGUGGCUGGCCGGGACCCCACCCCUGACGUGACAAUGCCACCUGUGUUUUCUCCUCUGCUCCCCAGGCACAGCUUGGGCAGACAGAGCCCCUUCCACCCCAUGUGUG